AUGGGAUUUAGUUUUGCAUCCGGUACUACGGACGGACCUGGACUCUUUCCAUUUAAACAGGGUGACACCGCAAACAUAUUGUGGAAUAAAGUGAAAUCUCGUGUCAAAAAUACUACUAAACAAAUGCUGGACUGUCAGUACCCAAAGCAUAUCCUUUUGCCUACGGGUGACUUGAAGUUCCCGUUCCCGUGGCAGCCAUCCAUACUUCCCACACAGAUAUUCAGGAUCGGACACGUGUUGGUGGCAUCACUGCCGGCGGAACUGUCGACAAUGUCUGGCCGUAGGCUAAGGGAUGCCAUCAAAAGGGAAUACGAGAAGAACUCGGCCGAAAACAUAACAGUAGAGCCCGUCAUAUCUGGUCUGUCCAACACUUACUCCUCAUAUGUGGUCACAUUUGAAGAGUAUAGAUAUGAGGGGGCGUCUACUAUAUACGGCCCCUACACUCUGGACGCCUAUAUACAGCAGUAUCGAUAUCUGGCCUCCCAGUUGGCCACAAAUAGUACGGUAUCUGCCGGCCCUCCAGAGCCAAACUAUUUGGAUCAACAAACAAGUCUCGUUCCGGGGGUACUGUUUGACUGCACCCCCGACGGCAAGAAGUUUGGGGACUGUAUUAGUCAACCGCUGAUGGAGUACACGAUAGGGUCGACCGUCAAAGUGGCUUUCGUGAGCGGAAACCCUCGCAAUAACGUAAGGGAUGAGAGCACCUUCCUUGCCGUUGAGAAACUGGACACUAAUAGUAAUCAAUGGACGCUCAUUGCAACUGAUGCUAAUUGGGAGACCAGCCACUAUUACAUGGGAGAUACCUAA